AAAACAAAAAGCACCAGUAACAUUUUUUAUGUUGUUUAAAGGAGUAAAUGUUACAACGGCUUGCCAUAGCGCUUGGAGAGCGCGAGUGAGAGAGGGAGGGCAUUGCUGCUUAAAAUGCUGUGAAUGUGACAGCCAAUAGACCAGACUGUCAGCUUCAGCUUGGGGAGGGAAUGUGGAGAAAUUUUCUUGAGGAAAAUGCGCGCGAAGUGACGCUACACGCGCCGCUCUACAAGUGCUCUAACCAUAUUCCAAAAACAGCGCGAGAACCGGGGCGCAAAAACGACUCGCCCUGUUGAGGGGACAAACAUGACUGUGGUGCCCGGGGAGAACCUCGACGAGACUGUGGCAUUGGCAGCCCUGUCCCAAGAUGUUUACGACCCUGAACAGGCAGACCAGGAGUGCUGCGAGCGGGUGGUUAUCAACAUCUCCGGGUUGCGCUUCGAAACCCAACUAAAAACACUGGCGCAGUUCCCAGCCACCUUACUCGGUGACCCCAGGAAAAGAAUGCGCUUCUUCGACCCUCUGAGGAACGAGUACUUCUUUGACAGGAACCGACCGAGUUUUGAUGCCAUUCUCUACUACUAUCAGUCUGGAGGCAGGCUGAGGAGACCCGUCAAUGUUCCCGUGGACAUCUUUAUGGAGGAGAUCAAAUUCUACGAGUUAGGAGAAGAAGUCAUUGAGAAUUUUAAGGAGGACGAGGGUUUCAUCAAAGAGGAAGAGCGACCUUUGCCCGAAAACGAGUUUCAGAGACAAGUCUGGCUGCUGUUCGAGUACCCCGAGAGCUCUGGACCCGCAAGGGGCAUCGCAAUCGUCUCGGUGCUUGUCAUUUUGAUAUCAAUUGUCAUCUUUUGCUUGGAGACUUUACCUGAGUUUAGAGAGGACGGGAAAAUGUAUGAGGAGCACCUCGCAUCCAAUGGAACUGCUAGUUCAAAAAAGCCCAAUCCAUUCACAGACCCCUUUUUUAUUGUGGAGACCCUUUGUAUAAUAUGGUUCUCCUUUGAAUUGCUCGUGAGGUUUCUCGCGUGCCCAAGCAAGCCCGCCUUCUUCAAGAAUAUCAUGAACACAAUUGACAUCGUGGCUAUUAUUCCUUACUUCAUCACUUUGGGUCUGGAGUUGGCCGAGCAUCAGGGUAACGGCCAGCAGGCGAUGUCUCUGGCCAUCCUGAGGGUCAUCCGCUUGGUGCGGGUGUUCCGCAUAUUUAAGCUUUCCAGACACUCGAAAGGGCUUCAGAUCUUGGGCAAGACACUGCAAGCGAGCAUGCGGGAACUGGGUCUCCUCAUAUUCUUCCUUUUCAUUGGAGUUAUACUGUUCUCCAGCGCCGUGUAUUUCGCCGAGACGGACGACCCCGACUCGGGGUUCAGCAGCAUCCCAGAUGCCUUCUGGUGGGCAGUGGUUUCCAUGACAACUGUGGGCUACGGGGACAUGUGCCCAGUCACCAUCGGUGGCAAAAUAGUGGGCUCUUUAUGUGCCAUCGCCGGUGUGCUCACUAUUGCGCUUCCAGUGCCCGUCAUCGUGUCCAAUUUCAAUUACUUCUAUCACAGGGAGACCGAGCACGAGGAGCAGAUGCAGUACACGCAUGUAACCUGUGGCCAGCAGCAACCCUCGUUUGGUGAAUUUAAAACGAGUGACAGCAAACCGUCCCUUUCUAAAUCAGACUAUUUGGAUUCAGAGGAUAGAGACUCAGUCAAGUACACCAACUGCAGUCCCCACAAAGCAUACACAGGGAAGCUUACUGAUGUAUGAAUGUAGAACGCCAACAAUUAUAAACCCAAAGAAGCGCACCUUUCUCUGUGAGUACAUCCUCAUCCCUUGCGCUGGCUUGAGUACAUGUGUAAUAAUCUGAGGAACACUUAAUUUGGAAACGACUACAGUGGAUUUUACUAUGACGUGCGAUUGUUUUCUAAACUGUCUUCCAUUGUUAUGAUUGUAAACCAUCGAAGCGCGAGACGUAGGCUAGUUAUAGGCGCAAAAAUCAAAAGAGAAUCAAAUAGAACGUAUGUUAUAUAUAAGCAAGCUCAAUCAAAUCAAUGUGUAGCACUUUAUUUGUAUAGCCUAGGCUACUGUUUGUCCGCAAAUUCGUGAUCCGUUAGUUUUCCACAAAUUUGGUGACAGUGCGAUACAGUUUACAAAUGGAUAAUUUGAAAGAAAUAGUAGGACCAAUAUAUUUCAGUUUUUGUUAUUUGUUUUCUAACGAGGAAAGUUCAACUGCAAGGUCGUUUUGAGAGAAAAAAAGACAUGCCCCAGCUUAUUUAAAAAUGGCACUAUUAUUACCAUUUUAAAAGGUAGUUGUGUAACGUUACAUUUGGAAAAUUUUAGAUACAUAUCUCCGUGCUUUUUUGAGGACGAUAAGUAGAAGAGCAAACCAGCUUUUUGAUUUUUAAUUUAGGUUCACACUGCAUUUUCAGGUUGUCAUAAUAUCAGUGGCUUUGCAUUAACAUUGAAAGGUUAUUCAAUUAAAAUCACUUGAUAACUUCACUCGAACUAUGUAGAGCACUUCAGGGAUAGACUUACACUGAUAAGCAACGUUAAGCUUCAUUUCUUCAUAUUAUCAACAGAUGUGUAGGGAAUGAAUGAGGAGAGGCUCGAUUUCAACAAUGUGCGCUCAAAUCUGGACACGAGUUAUUUUAUUUAUACACUAGCGUUAUCUUGUGGAAAAAGGUAGUAACUGCAGUCUUUAAGAUACUAAAUGUGUUUCCAUAGCAACUUUCCAGACGGUUCUGGAGACAUGGGGGAAAUUAUUGUUCCCUUAAUUUAUUCACAUGAAAGAUGGCUUUUGGUGCUUUUAUUUUAAAACAAGAUACAUUAAUGAAUUCAGUUAAAUAGAAAAAAAAGGUAGGCAGGUUUACAUUCUUAUUAGGCCUAGUUAAACUAAAAGAGCCCACAGAGGCUUAUCCAAUAUAUCAAAUGUGAAUAGAAAGUAUCAAUAUAACACCAUAUAGUCCACAUCCGUAAAAAUGGACAAACGUCUACAUUUUUGCACUGCAACAGCAUCAAAGGGGAUCAUGGAUUCCGCACAAAAAGGGAUUCAUCACAACGUCACUGUGAGGAAGGAAAAACUCAUCCAUCUAUUGACUGGACUAGGAGAAUCAACUCAUGCAUCAGUAAUGGACUAACUGAAAAUGGAAUUAACUGCAAGUUUUUUUUUUGUUUUUUUUUUUUUAACUCUGCUCCUUUUUUAUUGGAUUUUCACAUUAACAAGAAGAGUUCAAAAAGGAAGAGGUACAGUCAUGAAAAUUGACUUCCUGUCCUACAGAUCUGCACAUACAUGCAGCAGAGUAUCGUCAAGGCCAAUAUGAACCUUCACCUGAGCAGCACUACGUGGGACAAAACAAACUUCAUGUUUGCAUUUAAACAGCAUUCAUUUGUUCCUAUCAAAGAAAUUAUGUUCAGUGCCUCAACAGGAAUAUAAUUGUCAAAUGUGGAAUCUAACCAUGAGGAGAUAAGGACAACGUGGUUAAUAUAAAGAAGAUGCUUUGAAGUGGACUGAGGUAGAAACUAUUUACUUGAAAUCACAGAGUACAUGCACAAACAAAUUGUGAGAUGCAUCCUAAUGUUUAUCUGCCCCCAAAACAACAACAUGCUACUGGGACAGGUGUUUGUGAGUAUGUACAUGUGAAUAUGUGUCUUCAGACCAGCAGUAUGUCACGUUUAAACGUUACAGAUCAUGUGCUAUACCAAAACAAAUUAUGGCAUGCAUGGAAAGUUGGGCAUGAAAUAAAUCUUGAUAAUUAUGUUAAUUUAUUAUUUUUUUUGUCAACAAACUCAGUAGUCAUAUUAAGUGGGAACAACUAUAAAUGACAACAAAUUACUUGACUGUUGAGGUUAACAUUGUUAAAUAUCUAUUUUUUUAAAGUAUCAUAGUUUUUAUAUUAAAAAGGAAUCAGUUAAACUGGUGAAAGGUUAUUUUUCUAGCUUCUUUAAAAAUUUUGCUAAAUCAUUUUACAUUUUCUUUCUUUUUUCCACUGUUUAUUUUGCCUGCGGUGAAAAGGAAAUGUGUACACAUGUAGAAAUUCUGUCAUGAUUUCCUCCUUGAGUUGUUUAUGUGGUACAAACACUGAAACACAAGGUUUCUGCAGGUUUGUGUCUUUAUAGUUUCAGAAUCUCCCAUCAUUGAAAACAUCUACCUCAUUGUCCUGAUUGGCUGUUUUACUGUGCAUUUACCUCACUGUGUUGAGUCACAUCAAACAGUUCACAUGCCUUAUUUCUGGAAACAGCUCAAGCUUACAGUAUGUCACAUUUCCCCACAUUACUGUCGGCAAUGUUGGAUGUGUGUUGUCCUGGCUUUGUCCAUCCUGAUUUUGUGCAAUCAUUUAAUCCAAAAAGUCAAGAAAAAUUACAAAAUGUAAAGCUGGCAAGUAAAAAUUCAUCCCAACACGCCCCAGAACCGAUUUAAAGUGACUGAAAUGUAUUUUCCCUGGUUCCCUUAUGUAUGUAGGCCUAUGACAUUUAAAUCUAGACAUUUUAUUAGCUAAAAUAUGGGAAGUUGCAAUGUGAUAGAGUUUAUAUGCUAAUGAUGAUACUUGAGAAAUUAUUGUAUGGCAGUAGAUUUUUCUAGAUGAAAUUUGUAUAAACACAUUUGCCCUAUUUAAAUGAGUAAUUAUUUCAUGCAUGUUUGCUCACAAACACAUUUUGGCUCCUAAAAUCUUGACUAACAUCAAUACUGUAUGAUUAUCUGCAUCAUGUCAAAUGAAUGUUCUGCACCCAAUAUAUUAUUUUGUUGUUUCUUCACAUUGCCAUUAUUUUCAUUAUUUCAUUUCAUUUACAAGCAAAAGAUAAAUAAACAUGUAUCACUUGUUCUCUGCAUCUAAAUUGGACAUUGCUACUGGUUUACAAUAUGACAGACAGAGCAGUAAUAGCUGGCAUUAAUUAAUUUUAAUGGAUAGUUUAUUUCAAUUAAUUGAAUCACUGAUUCAUUCAAGUCAUCACUCAUAGUUCCUACAAAACAGUUUAUAUAAACUUUCACUAUACAGUAAUAUUUUUUCAAUUACAUUACAUAAAUGGUGUCAAAAAUUCAAUUCACCAAGAAACACAGACCUAGAGCAAUUAAUUUGUGUAUUAUAAAUCAUUAUUAUAUUUGGUCCAUCAUUAUAUAUUUAGCAUAAAUGCUGUGUUAAUGUGAUCAAUAUAAAUUGCACAGCUUUAAUCAAGUGUUUGAAACAUGGUUUUCAUGUUGGCUGCAGCCCAGUGAUUAGGCCUGAUACGAGCUGUGAUACAAACAUUUACUUACUUACACAUUCAUUUGAGUAAUCCACAACCAGCACUGACUCUCUAGAAUUCUUCAGUCUUGCACAUUCACAGGAAAAAGCUUACUUUGCUUAAUUUACGUCAAAUAUUAAAGUGAAUAAUAGGAAGAUAAUAACUUUGAAUAAUUAAUAAUUAAGUGCUGUUACUUUGAAGUGAGCUCCUAUUUGAGGUAAAGUGAUUUAAUAUAAUUUGCUUUAGACUGCAAUAUGAUCAUCUUGUAAUAAAUCAGAUGUUUCUUAUAAAAAAUGGCAGGUAGAUUUACAACAGUUUGCAGAAGGAAAGUGUAAAACAUAUCACAAUUACCCUGGUCUCCUCAGUCUUGUGGUUACAGAUGCUGUUGACAUUGACAUUUUGUGAGUUUUGAAGAGCAUCACAUAUUUACACAGGCUGCACAUCACAUCAUGUCAUGAUUCUUCAAAUGGGGCGCGCCUUUCAUAAUGCUCAUAUCAUUCCCUACACAUCCCUGAUAUCCACACAUGUGAUUAUAAUGCUAGAUAGUUCAUAGAUGUUCAUCAUAUCUUUGCUGACUGUCGACUGCAUGUACUCACACAUGAAACUACACUGUUGCCUAAUAUGUGUGCAAAGCAUGCAUUUCUGACAUUUUCCUUUAAUACCAACUUAUAAAUGAAGUGGUAUAUAUUCAAAGCAGGGAAAUAUAUUCUCAAACACUCCAUUACAUAAGCUGAUCGUGUAUUUAUGAAACCAUUGUGAGAAAUUAUAAAACAGGCAGUGUUGCACAGUUUAGUACCGUAUGUGUCUGUUGUUUGUUCAUAGUAAGCAAUAAUGCAUGAUAAAUCAUAUGAAUACAAUGACUGAAGUAUCAUUGUUGCUUUGCACAUGAUGUUAACUUUCCGUUCAUGUAAAUAUAUUUCUUUACUAGUGCCUUAUAUCAUGUAUCAUAUCAUCAGAGAACGCAGCUGAAAUUGCUAUCCAUUCUAGAACAUGCAUGUUGAGAUUAUGAUGUCACUGAUUCCUUUUGUAAUAUGAAUGUAUUGCACUCAAAGUCUUCCUGGGAUUGUAAUAUUCUUCAUAUAUGCUCAUGUAACAUCCUGCGUUUAUAAAGGAUUGAUCCCCAUGUUUCAACUUUUCAGCAAUGCCAGUAUAAAGUCUCUUCACAUCAACAUUUUAGCAUUUGUGCAACAGAAAAUAAUCCCUUAAUUCAUUAACUCACUUUUUUGCAGUUAAAGAAAUAUUUGGGUUCAGUACAAGGUAAACUCAGUUUACCGCACUUGUGGCAUAAUGUUGAUUACCACACACACACACACACACACACACACACACACACACACACACACACACACACACACACACACACACACACACACACACACACACACACACACACACACAAACACAACUUCUUUUGGGUUACAGUAAGGCACUUACAAUGGCAGUAAACAAUGCCUAUCCAUAACUGUUAAAAUACUCACUGUUUCAAUAUUACAGACAUGAUUUUAGUGUAAAAGGCAUAUUUGUAAAGUUAUAUUCAGUUCUGCACUGUAGUUGUCAUAACUAAUUAGUAUUUAUUUUUUAUUUUUUAAAUUAUAAGAUUUACAUUUUUGCUUUUAAAUCUUCCAAAAAUGGUCCCCAUUCACAACUAUUGAAAAUUUCUCACCUUAGCUUAGAUUAAUUUUUUUGUGAUAAUAAACAUUAUGCCACAAAUUCUGUUGAUUAAGGUUAACAUUUAUUGAAUGCAUUAGCAUAAACCCACAUGGCAAUGAUCAGAUCUGGUUCAAGUCACCCCAAAAAAAUUA